AUUCAUUAUUCGCGACAUUGAAGAGACAAAGAUAGCAUAUGCAUUAUGGUAUGUUUGGUUCCUCUCAUUUCGUCUUGUGAAAAGAAACAUAUGAAUGGGACCAACGUGUAUGUGUGUGAUACAGUCAACAGAACAUCGUCGUGAGAGUCGAGUUUGAAGCAGGGAGUUUUUUCGAUUAGCUGUCAAAACAAAGGAAAGCCAUCGAAAAGUUGCAGCAGAAGCAGUAGAUAAGAGAAGGGUUUUUAUUUUCGUUUCAAGACCUGGAAAGGCGAACGAAAAAAUCAGAGUCUUUCCACCGAGCGUUGCUCAUCGUGGAUCUUUCGGACAAACCACAAACCAGAGUGAUUUGUGAGCAUUUCUGCAAACCUUGUUUUCAUUUCCCGUGGCAAAAAUAUGGAACGAGGCAUUGGACGACAGGGACCGAUGAUGUCUCCUGGUAUGGCGAGACGGCCUGGCGGAAUGCCGCCACGAGAUAGCUAUCAACAACAACAUUCGUACCAUCAUCAUCAUCAACAGCAACAACAACAGCAGCAGCAGCAGCAACAAUCCAAUCCACAUCAACACCAACAUCACCAUCAGCAACCGCAGUCACCGAGUCAAUUCCAGCAUUCUCAGCACGACGAGCUGAUACGAUACAUCCAUGAGGCAUGGAAUAGCAUUACGCAAGACAAAAGUCAAAAUCCGCCAGUAUUCUAUAAGAGUGUUCCUGAGCCGCGACUGAAUGGUUUCACCCCGUUCGAUCUGGAAGCCUGGUGGGGACGACGGUUGGUACACAAAAUAAACAUUUCCAGCCACGGGCAUCAGUGAAUUCCCGCGCGACAGUUUACCGUUAAUGGGGGGGUACCAACCCGUGGAUGCGUGAUGAUUGCUAAUAAACAAAAACGAAUCAGAAACCAGAAAGAGAAACACAAACAACAACAAAAAUUUAAUAUAAACAUCCAACACACACAACAACAACAGAUGAAGCAGAAGCAAGACGCAAACAAUAGAUCAGAGCACGGGAUAAUGAUGAUUUGGUCAUGGUAACACAUUCAAACACAUGUAAACAUGGUUUAUUACGUAAUUCAUGGGAUAACGCUGCUGAUUUUGAAUUUUAUUAUUAUUAUUAUUUCGGGGAAAUGGGACGUAUCGAUUAGGUUGUACUGAUGACUCAGAAGCGGAAUAUUUUCUGGAGAUAGAAAAGCGUUAGACUGGGGUUCCUCGUUUAGAGGAAGCCCAGAGCGGAAGGCAGAAGCGAGGUGAAUGAUUAUUAUUAUAGAGGAUACAAAGUCUUUUAUUACAAAUUAAUAUAAAAAAGAGUAAAUUGUGAAUACUAUCCAUAGAACAAUAAAAAUAGACAUUUCUCUUUUAUUA